AUGGCUGAACGAUUACCAAGGGCCACUCUGAAACAGAAGAUCCAGGUGCUGGACUAUCUGCACGGCCCGCCGGCCCGGUCCCAGAAAGAGGUGCUCGACCAUUUCCGGCAGCUCGCCCAGUUCGGCAUCUCACAGGCCACUCUCUCUACCUGGUCUGUGAAGGAGAACGAGCUCCGUGCAGAGCUUAACAACAACCCCAAUUACGAACAGUACCGCCGUAAGCCGCAGAUGAAGUUCCCCGACGUCACCAAGGCCGUCGAGAAGGAGCUCGAGCACCUGGCCGCCGCGGGGGAACCGAUCACCGACAGACUCAUUUCCGGCCUCUUCAUCAAAUAUAUGGUGGAAUUUGGGUAUCCGACAGAAGAUUUCCGGUUCAGCAAGGGCUGGCUCUAUGCGUUCAAGAAACGCAACCUGUUGCUCAACAGCUCCAAGCAGAAGACGCUCUCGCCCGAUCCGGUGCCGGAACCCGCACAGGACCCCCCGCUCGCCAUCAAUUACGACGAGAUCUUCAAUAACCAGCUUGUCGGUUUCAACACCAGACUUAUCCAUUCCGACGAUAACUUUGACAACUUCCUCAACAGCAUGACGCCGACGCCGCUACCGCAGCCGGUCAACCCGCCAGAGCGCUUGGACGAGGUCAGUGUGCAGCCUGUCCCGCAGAUCCUGCCCCGGCCAGCAGAUAAUCUUCCAUACUACCCAACGUUCCAAAAUCCGCUGGUCAACCACCAGCCACGCAAAACAUACGUCUUGGAGAACUUCACGCACUCUAAGGGCUCGCACCCCAAUUCGGAGAAGGUCGAAAAGAUCUUUGAAAAUAUCACAGAAGGUUAUGCUACAAUAUACAACUCUGGAACCUCUGCUAUCAUGGGAAUUCUGUCCUAUCUCAACCCGUCUAGAAUCUGCAUCAAUAAUUCCGGCUACCAGGGAACCCAUCGCGUGAUCAAACUGCUAUCGAAGCUCACAGGGCUGCAGAAACUCACUCUCGAGGAAACCGACCAGCUCACUCCUAAUUCGGUCAUUCUCUUAGAAACUCCAAUGAACCCAGAAGGAUACCUGCUCGACAUUGCCAAGUUUGCCAGAAUAGCACACGAAAAACACUGUUUCCUGAUCGUGGACUCCACACUCGCCCCACCACCAUUGCAGUUCCCCUUCAAGCACGGCGCAGACUACGUCGUGUACUCCGCAGUCAAGUAUCUCGCCGGAGUGUCUGAUCUGGGUGCAGGAUUUGUUGUCAGUAGGAAGAAAUCCGACAAGGCCAAUCUCCACAACGAAAGACACUCCUUGGGAACCACCAUCGCAAACUUCGACUCGUUUCUUCUGCUGCGGUCGUUAAGAACGUACAAGAUGAGAAUUCUCACUCAGUGCCAAAACACAGAAAAGAUCGUCGGAUUUCUGCGUGCUAAUCUCGACAAGUAUUCCUCUGUCAUCACGAAAAUCCAUCAUUCCUCUUUGCAAAUGGACGAGUUUGUCAAAGAACAGCUGAACGGCUAUUUCAACCCCGUGCUUGCUAUCGAACUGGCUUCGCAAGAACUCGCACAAACCAUCCUCACAAAGUUCAACUUCUUGAGCAACAACCCAAACAUAGAAGGUGGUGAAACCGUGGUCGAGUUGACCGCUGUGAACGCCAACUUUAUCAAUCCAUCAACAAACAGCAACCUGCUCAGAUUCAGUAUUGGAUGCGAGGACUAUGAAGAUAUCAUCAAAGAUAUCGACCAUGCUUUGAUGAACGUUAUUGAGUCUGGUCAGCAGACCCACGCGGUUUAA